AUGAAUCAGUCAACAAAGGUACUUUCUUGCAGUUGCAAAUUGUUUGAAUUUUCGGGUGUUUUGUGUCGUCAUGCUCUAAAAAUUCUGGACACUUUAAAUGUCAAGGAUAAGAUUCCCGACCAUUAUAUAAUGAAAAGGUGGACAAAAGAUGUUACUAACUUGGUUGAAAUGGUGAUUAAAGCUUUUACAGAGGGAAGUGAUCCAAAAGUUGAAGUUAGUACAAGGUACAGGCAUUUAUGCAAAACCUUUGUGGAAAUUGCAAGUGAAGCUUCAGAAUCCAAAGAAGGAUAUGAAUUGGUUGCGAAGUAUGCAAAUGAGGUAAUUUCAAAGUUGAAGGAAAUCAAAAAAAGACACGAGUCUCAUGAAAAUCCAUCAGUUCCAAGUGAAGUUCUUCAUGAUGAACCAGUAUUUGUUGAUAGAGCAAAUGUCACAAUGGUGACAGGGUUAAAAAAGAAGCAAUCAACUCGUCGCUCCAAUAGUCGUCCAAAGAGUUUUCUGGAAAAGGCCAGGAAGAAGAAUAAGAUUCAAUCGCCUCCAUCGCAAACUGUCCAGCAUGUAGAUAACCUUGCAGGUCUUCAAGCACCAUGUCCACCAUUCUCAGAUUCCACAACGACUACGGUAUAUCGUAAAAACUGUAUUUUAUUCCUUGUGCGGUAUUAUGUUAAAGCUUACUUUUCUCUUUACAUGAUAGGUGUUGGGAGAAGGAGAUUUUUAGCUAUGGCAUUCUUCAGAAUUCUCUCAAGUAUCAUCUCAUGGAAGUCUAUCUCAACUCCUAAGAGUUAG